ACACGGCUUUCGAUAAGAAAGCAACAUCAUGUCCACAUAAUCAUACGUCUCACCGAGACAUCUACAACCCCCUUUAAAAAACCCCAAACCAAAACACGUUUAUGAAAAUUUCUUCAACAAUUUCUUAUAUUCGAUUCGAUAAUAAUUCUCGUUAAUGAAAGAAAAAAUGGCGGAAGAACACAGAUUGCUACCACCGCAAUUAUGUGUCAAUAAUUGCGGUUUCUUUGGAAGCAACACAACGGAGAAUCUUUGUUCAAGAUGCUACCGCGAUUUACAACUCAAAGAACAACAAGCUUCAUCAACCAAAUUCGUUCUCAAUCAAUCCAUUGCAGCGUCUUCUCCGGCGGUGGUUGUUUUUGAACCGUCAUCUUCGCUGCCGGAUCCGGUUGGACCGGCGAACGUUGUGGUUGUGGAGAAACCGUUGCAACAUAAUCGGUGUAUGACGUGUAAGAAGCGCGUGGGCCUGACGGGGUUUAAGUGCAAGUGUGGGAGGAUGUUAUGUGGGAUCCAUCGUUACCCGGAGCAGCAUGCGUGUGAGUUUGAUUUUAAGGGGUUGGGGAAAGAGCAGAUUGAGAAGGCGAAUCCGGUGGUGAAAGGGGAAAAGUUGGAGAAGAUCUGAGAAAGAUUGGAAGGAUGUUAUGGUAAUUUCGUCUAUUGAAUGAUUUGGGUUUUGGGUCGGGUUUGUGGUCUGUUAAUUGGGGUGGUGGUGGUGGUUGGGUUAGUGGGUGGGUCAUUGCUAUUUGAUGGUCUGGUUAUUAUUAUUGUAGAAAAUUAUUACAUUUAAAUAUUUUUAGUUGUCUUA